UGAUCGAAUGAAAUGCUCUGGACUCUUUAUUUGUAGAUGCGCGAAUAGCAGUCGCAUUGUCCACGAUGCCGUUGCCUCCCAUCACCGCUCUCUUUCUGACGCAUUUUGACGAUAUCAAAGGGCAAUCUGUUACGUUCUACGAAUCCGCCAGUCCGAAUGUCUUGCCGGAAGAAGGGAUAGAGCACAAGACUUUGCCAUCGGGUCUUCACACGCUCACUUCGGACCUGAUCCUAUGCACACAUCAUGGUCUGCCAUGCGUUGGGGUCUUCCGAAGUCGAGAGAGACAGGAUGGAGGGGGAAGAGGAAGAGCCAUGGGGACACUUGGCAUCGUUCUGGCUCCUCGAUCGUCUGUUGAAGCUCUUUUCGAAGUCCAAGAUGUGCUUUCGGAUCUGUAUGACCAAUUGGAGGCGUUGCCAGGAUCUGUAUUCGAUACGGACGAUAAGUCCUCUGUGAAAGAGUUGUUACGGACUACCUGGGAAUCGAGUCGCCUCGAGUCGUUCUCCGGAGAGAGGUUUGGUCCAUUACCUGGUACCGAGCAGGUUCGGCGCUUUGUAGAGGGUAAAGCGUCUUCUAGUAAACAUCAUCCUAGCUCUUAUCUUCCCGUCCUCCUUGAGACUCUCGGCCCCUCCAUCGUCACAGUGUACAAGACCGCGCUCAAUGGUGGGCGUAUACUUCUCUACUCACCACCGCCCCUCGGUCCCGUUGGGGCGUUCGCAUGGUGUAUCUGGGCCAUGUCUCUAGCUCCCUCGGCGGCUUCGGACGCCGAUAUCUCGCAAUGGCUUGGGAACGUAGGUCUGAUGGACUUGGACGAGGUCAAGCGCACGCAAGGCGGCUGGAUAGCGACCACGUCAGAUGCAAUCUACAAAUCACAUCCUUCCGCAUACGACAUCUACAUCGAUCUCUCUGCUUCACACUAUUCAGAAUCUUCGACUUCUUCUCGACCCUCCGCACCGGUCUAUGCCUCACAGCCUAAUGUCCAGUCUGAUCCAAAACUCGUCACGUACGCUUUCUCAGAUCUUCCCCUCUAUCGAUCCCUCCUUCUCCUCUCGUCAUCUCCUUCAAACGUCACUGUCGGUCAAACAUUGAGCAAAUCCGGCGGCCUUUGGCUCGUGGCAUUCGAAUUGUUGGAGAAAGUCUGGAGACUUUGCGUUGGCGUCUGCGAGUUCGCAGUCGGACGAGGCAGUGUCGGAGAUAUAAGACUAGAAGCAGGAGAAGAGAACGAUCCACUGUUUGGAGAAUAUGACGAAUCGCCUCCCGAGAUCGGGACUCUUGCCAAUCUAGGCAACAUAGCGGCGGAAGGAAGUGACUACAAUGAUGACGGCGCCGAGGGGGACGGUCUGUCAACUGACGUUGGGGAGGAAGAAUCUAUCAGAAGAGGUCGAUUGGUUUUGAGACAAUUCCAUCACCAGUCUUAUCACUUUUACCGGCGACUGAAACAGCUUCGACGGGGCGACGGUGGAGAUGGAUUGACCGAAGCUGAGCUGAGGGAACUGUGCGGGACGAGCAGGUGGACGAUAUGGGGUGGAGACCCAGGAUCGACGGUCGAAGGGAAAUGGUGGACGGCACUGGCGCGUCGUUGGGGAAUUACAGCGUAAGAUUAGAGAUUAGGAUAAAACGAU